CAGCGCGCAAGCGCAUUAUGGAACGCGAAGUGGUUUUCUUUCUUUUGAAUGUCCGCUUGGUUUUGUGGGAUGGCUCACGGAGCCGCGCUUGGGUCGAAGGACGCAUGCGCAGUGGGGAAACUGCGCGGCGCUUGUCCCCGGACGCCUUGAAAUUCCAGCGCGAAGGAUUGUACCGGCACCACGCUGCGUCAACGCGUUCCAUGAGGAAAGCGUGGCAGAAGCAGCCAGUUCCUAAGGUAGCAACAUUUUUCCAGCAGCAGAACAAAUUUAUACAGGGAAAGGAAAGAAUGAGGAACUGAAGCUGGAAGACUGUUGGCAUCGCCCAGAGCCACACAGGGAAUCCUUGGCUGAGCUGGAAUUUGGAGUUGGGUGGAAAGGCCGGAUUGCCUCCUGGCGAACAGCUCCUUAACGCCCUGCCCUUCCCUCGCUGGCGUUCGGGAGCAUCGAAUCCCCAAAGCUGGCAACAGUUGAUGACAUGAUGGCAAGUACAGAACCGGUCACUGAGAAGAUGCCCGGCAAGAAACCCAACCAGGGGUCAGCCGUUGGCCAAGGGAGCAUCUGUGGUACAUCCGUUGGGAGUGGAGGAGAGAAGGAGAGGAGGGCCGAGGACCUGAAAGAGAACCUGCCCCCUCGGGACCCAGCCGGCAGGGACGUCCCUUGGGCCUGCCCGGACGGCACGUUCGUCAAACUGGUCCUGGAGGCGGGCACGGGUUUAGAUAAGCCUAAGGAAGGCUCCCUCUGCCAGGUCUUCCUCGAAGCCGAGCCAGGGUCGCCCUUGAGUUACCCAACCCACCGGUGGGCUGAAAUGGAGCUGGGUGGCGGUGACGCCGAGUGGGACGGGGUGGUGGACCGUUGCCUGGAGACGAUGCUGGCCGGGGAGCAGGCCGAGGCGAGGUUGGCAGCAGGAGGCACCAUGACCAUCCGGUUAGCGAGCUUCACGGAGGCCAAAGACACCUGGGAGAUGAGCGCCGCCGAGAAGUGGGACUUGGUCCUCAGCAACAAAGAACGGGGCGGGGAGCUGUACCGGGCAGGGGACGUUGCCGCCGCCGCGCGGCGCUAUGCCAGGGCCUUGCGGCUGCUCGUCGUGGCUGCCCCUCCGCCGGACUACGACCAGAUCAAAGCCGAGCUGCACGCCAACCUGGCUGCCUGCCAGCUGAGGCUGCACCAGCCGGCCAAUGCCGCCUGCAACUGCACCAAGACCCUGGCCCUGCAGCCGGCCAACACCAAGGCCCUCUUCCGACGGGGCUUGGCUCACGAUGCCAUGAACGACCUGGAGGGGGCGGCGCAGGAUCUGAAGGGGGUUUUGCAAGUGGAACCGGGGAACCGGGCAGCCCGGAGAGAACUGGAAAGAGUCAUGGAGCGGAUCAGGGCGCGGGAUGCCAAGCUGGCCCGAGCCAUGCAGAAAAUGUUUGCCUGAAUAAAAAUAAAAAUAAUAAUAAUUUACCCUA